AUGUGUUAUGUGUUAUUGUUAUUGUUGCUGCUGCUGCUGCUGCUGUUGUUGUUAGAUUGGUCUUCCCGGUCUGGAGCAUUUGACGAAACUAUUCAUCCGUUCAUGCGACUGUUGGCUCGUCUCGGGCAUGUCACAACGCGACACUCUCAACGAGAACGAGGGCCGAUCGUCAUCGCCGUCGUCGUCGGACUGUGCCGCGGGAUGAUCGAUCGAGACAUCUUUACCAAGAAUUCAUCUAUUUCUUUCCUUACUAGCGAGCGCAGAGAGAGAGAGAGAGAGAGAGAGGAACGUGGGGAAAUUCUAAGAGGAGAGGAGGGGGGAGAAAGUGGAAGAGUGGAUUCAUGGAUCGGGGCAGGGACUAUUGUUUCCACCAGUUUGGCGCCGGUGGAUUCGGGGAUGGUGAGGGACGCUGGUGUCGCAGAACAAGGCUGUCAUAUUCACCACUUUCCCUCGCGCAAGAAUAUAGUAUUUAGUAGGAGAGAAAAGAAGGUAGCGAUGAGAAUGAACAUGGAAGAAUCAUCUUGUGCCAUCUGCUACACUCUCAAAACGAGUGCAAAAUUCCUAGCAGGUGACUGGCUCGGGAAUUCCCAAAUGUUCCAGCUGUCUCACAGGCCAGCGGCAGUUCCUGGAUCUCCAUAG